GGGGGCAGGGGGUUGUGUUAGGGUCCUGGCACUGCUAGGGGCUGUCUGGAGUCUCCGUGUGCUGGCACAGGGGCGCUAGGGGCUGUCCCAGGGUUGCCCAGGCUCUGUGGUGCAGGGGUCCCUUGGGGCAGUUCUGCGGACCGGGCAGGGGUGUGGGGCGAGGGCCAUGCAGAAGGAGGAGCUGGGUAUAGACGAGAACCGCGACCCCGAGCCAGAGCCGCGGCUGCUGGGGCUGAAGAAGGAGAGGUGCCGACCCGAGGGGCUGGAGGGGCAGCUGCACAAUCUCACCAACCGCAUCCCAGCAGGCACCUGGGAGUCCAACGGCCACAGCCCGGAGGCUGCAGAGGGAGGCGCCCCCCUGAGCCCCUCCAACACCCUCAACAUCCGCAACCUGCAGCUGUCGGAGCGCGAGGCGGGGCCGCCCGCCCCCCACCGCUACCCCCACCGCUAUCACCCUCACCCUCGGCCCUUCCACAACCCUCACCGCAGGAGCUACCGCCCCGGGGCCAAGGAGUGGGGGCCCAGCACCAAUGGGCAUGGCGCCGGGGAGGGGCGGGGGGGUUGGGCUGGCCGGCGGCGCCCCUUCCCUGAGCCCCCCCACAGCCCAGAGCGUGCCGGCCAAGCCCUGGAGGAUGCUGAGAAGGCGCCAGAGCCAUGGGCCCUGUUCCGCCCGCCGCCAGCGUUCCCCGUGGACAGCAGCCGUGCCCGCACCCUCCCCAAGAUCAGCUAUGCCAGCAAGCUGAAGGAGAACCUGGAGCGCCAGCCGGCCUGUGUGCCAGCCUCCGCCCUCCGCACCGCUGGCCCGCUGCCCAACUGCUCCCCUGCACCCCCUGCCGAGCCUCAUCUGGGGGCCAUCUUCCAGAACCAGUGGGGGCUGUCCUUCAUCAACGAGCCGGGCGCCGGCCAGGGCGGGGGCAAUCCCCUGCCCUCAGGCCAGGAGGAACCCCCCCCCAUGGCAGCCCUGGGACUGCAGGGGCCGGGCAGCCCUGCCAAGGGGCUGGUGCCCGCUGCAGGGGAGAGCAGGGACUGCUGGGAACAGAUGAGCCACAAAGACUGGGAGGAGGCACGGGACUAUCACACGGAAGCAUGGGAUCAUAUAUGGAAGCUGCACAGACAAGCUCCCGGCAGAGUCACGGUCUAUGCUGACCCCCUGGAUGGCAAGGGUUAAACGCGGGGCCUCCCAGGGACGGGGAUGUCGCUGUGAGCCAGGCGGGGGGAGGGACGGGCCCCCCAUGAAGACUUGGCCUCAAGACUCACCCCAGCUGGGUGUGACACGGAGCCGGUGGGAUCCAUGGGGAGACCGCAGUUCCAUGUCUAUCCUCUGGCCCCCCCGUUCCCAGGGCUGCCCUUCCCUUGCGCGCAGCCCCCCCGCCCCCCUUCCGCUUUCACGACGGUUUUAAUUUCCCUCUUUGUCCCGGUUUUUUGUUCCGUCCCCACUGAGUUGCGGCUCAGGGCCGUCGCAGAUUAAAUCAAAAUGAAUUUAUUUAAAUUCA